UUUGAGCGGACAAUUGGUUUCAUUUCUUCGUUCAAAAAAAGACGGCGACCAACAUGACAGGUACACGACGACAUACGCUAGAUCGCGAGAUGGCGGGAGAAACAUAGAUGGAUGGAUGGUACGACGGUGCUCUACAAAUGGAUGGGGGUUGAAGUGAGAUGGAGUGGAAAGGCAGGGAGCGAUACACGAGACACCGAAGGGAGCAGUAGGACACAUACAGACACAAAAAGAGGCUUCAUAAAUUCAUCAACGCGCUUACAUCGACUCGAAGGAAAAGACGGUGCCCUGCUUCGCCAGCAGAGCCUGCGCCAUCAGCGCGCGCUCGCGCCAGAUGGUCACCUCCGCCGUGAGCUCAUCCACCCGCCGCUCGAUGUGCUGCUGGUACUCGAGCUUGCGCUUGCGGCUCUUGCGCGCGGCGACUGUGUUGUGGCGCCGCUUGGCCGCAAUCGCGUCUUCGUCGCUGACGCUGGGCUCGACCUCGUCCGUGUCACCGACGAACGCUGUGCUGUGCAGACGCUUGCGGAACGCAUCUGGCACGGCCUUGCGGCUCGUCGCGCUCGGGGUGAGGUAGUUGCGCUUCUGGGUCGGGGCAUUGUCGUCGAUCAAUGUCGCAGGCGUGACAUUCUUACGCGUCCCAGUCGCUCCGAUGACAGGUCGACGAUGGAGGACGGGCGGAGGGGGGAUGACUGGGCCAGUCAUGGAGGGCGGGUCGAAUGAGUGCUGGUCGUUGAGCGCUGGGCUAAAAGUCCACAGCUUCGACAGAUCCACAUCGUUCGACUUAUCGACGUCGGAACGAGUCAUCGGUGCCGCGUAUGACUCGUCGAUGCCACCGAACAGGGCAUCUCCGUUCAAGAAGUCAUCACAGUCGUUGAUCAGGGGAGAGUCCUCGACGCCCAAGUAUGGGGUGCCCAUCUCAGAGAUCGGAGUCAUCUCAGGGCUGGUGCCAUAAUCAGAGAUCAUGGGCGAGAAGGGGGAGGAGAGGAAGGGCGAGGCGGUGAGGAAGCCGGCAAAGAGAGGUGCUGCGUCGGCGGUCAAGAUGUCGCCCAUGGGUAUAACGGGUUCGUCGCCAAAGGACCCGACGGAAAAGUCAUCGUCGAGACGGAACUCGGGUGACGCUAGGGCAGAUCCCGAGUCAGAAGACAACGACGACGGGGGAGUCAACAUGGGGGUCGCAGUACCUUGGAUUUCGGCCAGCAGAGCAUCUACGUCCGCGAGGACCUGGCUCGGUGCGACCGUAGUCGCGGCGGGUGCGUUUGUGCUUGACAUCGUAGGGGCAGAAGCUGUGCGUUUUACAGACGGUGGUGGAGGUAGUGUGCCGGGUAAAAGGUGUCCAUAUGGACGGGAGUUGCUGUCGCUUAUCGGAACAUGUUGUGGAGAGGCGCUCAGUGUUGAUGAAAACCCAGUGAAGAGAGGUGCUGGUGAUGGUGGACGGAAGGAGAACGACUUGUUUAACACUGGUACGACAUCUUUAUCUUUGGUGGUUGAGAUGUUGCUGGAGUGGGCGGGAAUGGCGACGACUGUUUCGGGGUAAGACUGAUGUGUUGUGCGCGACAGCGCGGACAGUGGCGCCGGGCUACGUCUGGAAACCCGAGUCAGCCUUGAGUUCAACAAUAGAUCGUCGUCGUCGGAUUGGACGUCCGCAGCCGUGGACGACAACAUCGGAGACGCGCGCCACGAGGGGAGGCCAUUUUGGGACAGAACCCUUAUUUGUGUGUGUCCGGCAGACGUCACAAAGGACGCCUCAGCCCACUUGGAGCACGAUGGGUCAACAAUAUCCGUGUCCAUGGCGCGAUGCAGUAGUGAUAACGAGUAUUCCACGGCCCGAUAACGAAGACGAACGGAAAGCGAACUCACAGAUGCCUCAGAGGUGAACUGCUGGGCGGCCAGGGGACGGCUGAAGCAGAUGAGUCGAAUCUGCGUCAGUCGUGUGGUGGGGGAUGCUUUACAAGCAAGAU